AUGGGAUCCUCAACGAAGUUUGCCAAGACAAUCCUCAUCCCCGCCUGCAUCGCCCUCACAAUCUACAUCCUCUUCUCCUGCCUCAUCAUCCCCUUCUUCCGCCGCUACCACCAACGCUACUCGCAAUAUCUGCCCCUGAACACCCUGUCCGCGCACACGGUCUCCCUGCGCGACCGCCUCGCCGACUCCAUCAUGCACCUCUUUCUGCGCUCGACGUGGCGGCGCAGUCCCACCACGCACGCCGGGUACGGCAACGAGCACGAGCACGAGCACGAGCACGAGCACGACAACGUCAGCAUCGACGAGGAACAGGGUGAGAUGAUGGUUGGCAUGGGCGAGGGUGAUCGCGCGGCGACCGCAGCGAGACGGAGAGAAGCGCUGGAGAGAUCGCGGAGGAGGAUGGCGGCGGGGAGGUUUCAGUUUGGUGAGGAUGCGGAUCCAGAUCGGCAGGAUCGGUUGAGUAGGGAUUUGGAGGAGGGGUUCAUGGAUGAUAGUGAGGAUGAGGGCGAGGAUGGGAAUGGGAAUGGACCGGCAGGUGGACGUGAGCGGCAGCAGGGGGAGGAGACUGUUGUUAGAGGGGUCAUGGGGACGUGGAGUCGCAGGUGA